AAAGAGAGGGGCUUUUCCUGUGUUUGUUUUCAUAGACUAUUUGAAACUGGAAUAAGCGCCUCCUGGAGCGACGAAUCUUGGUGGGAGCGGAGCUGCCGUCACAACUGCCACAUUGGUCUGUCUAAUGCGCUACAAGGAUGAGCCCGGCAUUUGGAGCUAUGGAAGUGGAGCACUAUUCCAAAGGCGUCCUGCUGGAGCCUUUUGUUCACCAGGUGGGGGGUCACUCCUGUGUCCUCCGGUUUAAUGAUGAGACCAUCUGUAAGCCCCUCAUACAGAGAGAGCACCAGUUUUAUGAGACUCUUCCAGCAGAAAUGCGUAAAUUCACUCCCCAGUAUGAAGGUGUGGUAUCUGUAAGCUUUGAAGAGGAUGAAGAUGGAGACCUGUGUCUAAUAGCGUAUCCAUUAAAUGGGGACCACGAUAGCUUGGAAAGCCUAGAUAAUUCUGACUGUGAACCCAAAAAUAAAUUGUUACGUUGGAGUAACAAAAAGACUGUAUUGCUAGAAAAUGAAAAGCUAACUAAGGAGUGGGUCCGGCAGCAUAGAAAAGAAGAAAAAAUGAAAAGUCAUAAGUUAGAAGAAGAAUUUGAAUGGUUGAAGAAAUCUGAAGUACUCUAUUAUAGUGUUGAGAAAAAGGGGAAUGUCAGUUCACAGUUCAAGCAUCACAAUCCGUGGAGUAUGAAAUGCCACCAGCAACAGUUACAGCGAAUGAAGGAAAAUGCAAAACAUCGGAACCAAUAUAAAUUUAUCUUGCUGGAAAACCUGACCUCCCGAUAUGAGGUGCCUUGUGUGUUGGAUCUCAAGAUGGGAACCCGGCAGCAUGGAGAUGAUGCAUCUGAAGAAAAGAAGGCUAACCAGAUCAGGAAAUGUCAGCAGAGUACUUCGGCAGUUAUAGGAGUCCGGGUGUGUGGUAUGCAGGUUUAUCAGCCAGGCACUGGCCAGUUAAUGUUUAUGAAUAAAUACCAUGGAAGGAAGCUUUCAGUCCAAGGAUUUAAAGAAGCACUUUAUCAGUUCUUUCAUAAUGGCAAAUACCUGCGCAGAGAACUCUUUGAACCUGUUCUAAAGAAACUGACUGAAUUAAAAUCGGUCUUAGAGAAACAGGAAUCUUACCGCUUCUACUCCAGCUCUUUGCUUAUCAUUUAUGAUGGAAAGGAACUGCAAGACGUAGCUGUGGACUCUGACCCAGAAGACCUGGAAGGUCUUUCAGAAGAGUCAUCUGAUGAAUCUGCAGGUGCUUAUGCCUACAAGCCCACCGUUAGCUCUGUUGAUGUUCGAAUGAUAGACUUUGCCCACACGACAUGCCGGUAUUAUGGAGAAGACAGUGUGGUGCACGAGGGCCAAGACACGGGUUACGUUUUUGGACUUCAAAACUUAAUAGCUAUUAUUAAAGAAAUAAGGGACGAGAGCAGUGAAUAAACAUUUAGAAUGCAAAACAGUAGAAAGCACUAUAGUGACUCUUUGUAUUCCAGAACUGUUGACCACUUUCUGGUGGUAGCAUCCGGUACGGACUCAGUUGGGAUGGCCCCAUCAGAGUCGGAGCUGUUUGAAAGAGGGCAUUUCCUUCUAGUGGUGCUAGAGGUAGCACUGAUGCAUCUGGGUAUCUUUAUUAUUUAUUUUAACUCUC